UCCCGUUCAAUCAAUUUCUCCGUUUUGCACAAUUCACCCUGCAACAGGCCCUGGACCAAAUUUCAAAAGCUAGUCGUGUCGCGGUUCUUGAGCAAGCAAGAGGGCCCUCUCGGAGCACGACUAGAAGGAAUAAUGGUGCUGGACAGAACUGCAGGGAGCAAUAAGCUGAAUGGGUCGGAGGACUGCACCCCUGCACCAACCUUGCAUUCACAACAGGCGCCAGCCCCAGGUCGCGCCACCCUGAACCGUUGGUCGCCAGGAAUGUCCUCGUCCGCGGGCGGCUCGUCCAGCGAUAUUUCCGACAUGGACGAGGACUUUGAAGGCGACGAGGACGACGACCUCGUCAGCCUUUGCUCGCACAGGUCGGGAAAACGCAGCCCCCGCACUUCAUUGACGCCGCCAAACGCUAAUGGCUCCACGGCCUGUUUGUCAAUUUCAACGAGCAGCUCAAGUGGGCCGCCGAGGGUAGUGCGCAAAAUUUUCACCAAUAGCAGGGAAAGGUGGCGCCAACAGAAUGUGACAAGCGCAUACGCUGAACUGCGAAAACUCGUGCCCACGCAUCCCCCCGACAAAAAGCUGAGCAAAAACGAGAUUCUCAGAAUGGCCAUUCGGUACAUCAGACUUUUGGACGACGUCAUCAAAUGGCAGGAUUUGCAAGAAAACUUUGGUAGCUACGACAGGAAUGGAAAUUUGCAGAGUACUCUGAACAGAUCUUCCAGAGCACGCAGAAUCAUCAAGCAAGAGCCAGUCGAAGACAACAAGAAGCAGUAAAAUCUUUGAGGGAAUAUUAAAAAUUUAUACAAUCUCACACUCAAAAUCUAUUAUUAAGAAUAAAAAUAAAUUGUGUUAAAUUUAAAAAAAAAAUACUCAUCUCAAAUUCAUAAAUAAUAUUAAUUAUUAUAAAUAUCAAAAGGUUCAAAAAAGUUGUAUUAAAAGCUGCAAAUUAUCGUGAUAUUAAGUUUAAAAAUAUUACGUCACUUUGUGUCAAAAUUAUUUUUAUAACGACAUUUGCAGUUCGUGCGCCGCAUUCAGAUUAAAUUUAGACGGAUUUAUGAAAAAUUUAAGUUAUUUAAAAUUAUUUUUGUAAUUAAAAAUCAAUUUGGAACUCUUAUAUUUAAUAAUAUUAAGAAUAUUUUCACUUUUAUUUUCUGAAAUUUGUAUUCAAUAAGUAGCGAUUCAGUGAGAAAUUAGCAAAUCAUGCUUGUUACACUAAUAAUCAAUUAUUGGCAAAUAUGAGAUAAUUAAAUACCUUGCAACUAAGCAGUAGCACUAAAAAUUCCUUUUGAUGUAUAUUCGAUUAUCAAGUAGACCAUUAGACGUGUCAAAAUUUUGCAAAUUAAUAUUUAGCUAGCAUUAUUACUAGACAAGUGAUGUCGUGUUAUAUUGAAAAUA